AUGGAUCCGCCGCAUAUCACCGAGUUCGCUUCCGAGCGCUACUUCAGUAAACUCAAUCAGCUCAAUGAGUCCCCCGCGACCCGCGAAGCCCAGCAGCUUCAACAAUUACGCCAUCCUCAGACGCCAUCCUCUCAACCGUAUCCCUCCCCGCCGAUAUCAUCUCAGUCUACCUCUUCCUUUAUUUUGCCAUUACGAACGUCCAAGUCAAAUGAAGGCAAUACCGAAAAUUCCCGACCCUCAGAUCAGAAGCGUACCGAGAAGAGCCGACUCUUCAGCCUGCGAUCCAAGGUCUCGAUCCUCCAAAGCAAGUCAACAGUGCAGGUAGACCAUCGCGAGCAGUAUACAGUGUUUGCGAAGCCAAAGACGCAAUCUCUCGGUCAAUUGUUCUUGGCUCUGCCUACCGAGCUUCAGAUUCAAGUCAUUUCAUCGCUGCCAUUGACGGACGUCCUGAAUCUUCGCAGAGUUUCGAGAUCCUGGCACGCCAUUGUGACUUUGAAUGAGGCGCCCAUCGUUCGCCACCAUCUAGAACGUCACAUCCCGGCAUACGCCUUGCGUCUUUACCCAUCUAACGACCCCACCGCCGCCAAUUUCCAUCACCUGUGCGGCUUGUGGCAUCGUUUGCAUGUCGCCGCCAAAUUGUCAUACCUCAUGUGUGAAUGGAUCACGAAGGAGAUCUUCCUGCGAACGACGGAAUCGCAGCGUCUCGAGUUCGCCCCUCAACACGAACGGAUGCGUCGUCGUCUGAUACCACUCCUUUUCACCUUGUUUCAUUUUUUCGAAACCUAUCGAAAGCUGCACUUACAACACAUACUCGACCACAACGGUCAUGGCUUACUGCACGAGCCAUAUACCCUGAAUCCGAUUGAGGCUCGAAUCAUGAGCAUGUACGACGACCAGACACUUUUGCGAGUUCAUCAAGUCUUCCCUCUGGUCAUCUCCUCAUUCUGCCGACGGUUACGUCCGCCAUCUUAUGCUGGCCGCGUCGAACGAUCAUUGCGAGGCUACUUGAAGGAAAGACCUCCAGAUGAGGUUCACGUUGCCAUUCUAUGUGUUGGAGGCUUGCGACAAGUGGAGAGGCUUUGGGAGAUCAAGGGGUACAACAGCAGGCGGGGAGCUGUUGAUGUUUGGUACAAUUGUGUCUCGAAGGACCCGAUCGACCCAACCCCGAAACAGCGACGAGGUAUUAUGGGCAUGGGCCGAAAAAAGUCCUCGAUUUCGGUCAAGGAUUCGACCAAGUCGACGCAACAUGACGGAAUAUCAACGCGUCGUGCCUCUCGGGCUUCUCUAGAUGAUCCAGUCGAUUCCGACACGAACUUGGUAUUCAACACAAGCCUAGCAGCCGGCAUGCCCAUGGGACCGCUGGAGCGUGAGCAUGCCCGACACGUACUAUCUGACCUCCCUAGCUUACAAGAAAUCUGGCUCAAAACUGCGGAAGCUUUGAUAUUGGAGCGGGGCAUCGUUGAGCGUACCCAGGAUAUCAAACGCAAUGCACAAGUAAUGUUGGAAUUAAUUCGCGAUGAUGGCAUGGAUGAGGAGGAUGAGUGGUGGUACGGACGAAGUACACCAGAAUCCAUUCGUCCUCCGCUCGAAGCGAUAGACGAAGAUGCUAUGGACGGCGCAUGA